AAGAGGUUAAUCUUUGGACAAACUGUCAAAGACGAAGGGGAGGAUAUUCGAAUUAAUAUUUUUAUUAUUUUUCACAAAAAGAAAGGAAUAAAUAUUGAUAAUAUAUACAGAAUAGUUCAAUUGGAAAUGGAUAUUCAUUUUUGAAAACUGGCAAUUCCUAGGUCACAAUGCAAUCAAGGCAAAUAAUGAAUGGUAAUCAUACUAAAAACCUUCCUUUCGGAGGAAAUACUCAGUAUGAUUUAUACGUGCAGGAAAUUGAAGGAAUAGAUGAUUAUUUUGGUCCGACCUUUAGGGCAAUAUUCGAUAAUGAUGAGCAUGCAGAGUUUCGGGAUAAGUUGGAAAAACGAAUCAAACAACAUGAUAGAGAUAUUGAACGACUGUGCAACAUUUAUUAUCAGGGAUUCAUUGAAUCUAUCACAGAAUUGUUGGAUGUUCGAUCACAGGCCAAAAAAUUGAAUAAUAAUGUGAUAGCAUUAAACACUCAGCUUAAUGCUUCUGCCCAAGGCAUAAUGAAAUCAGGAAACGAAUUAAUAAAUGGAAGAAAAGUACAAAAUAAUAUUGCCGCAGUUAUAGCACAAUUCAAAUUAUGGUUACCAGUUCUGACCACUUAUUCCAAACUACAAAAACAAAUUGCAGAGAAAAGAUAUUAUCCUGCUUUAAAAAGUUUAGAAGAACUGGAACAUUUACAUCUUCCUCAUGUUGCCAGUUACAGGUUCUCAUAUCAACUGAGAGAAAACAUACCAAAGAUUCGCCAAAGUAUUGAAUCAGCUUCAAUGUCUGAUUUGAAAGAUUUCCUGGAAAAUAUUAGAAAAUUUUCUCCUAAAGUUGGCGAAGUAGCUAUGAAACAUACAAGGGAACAAUUGACAGAGGAUCCUACGUUAGUUGUUCGAAAGAAAAAACGUAUUGCUCACCAGUAUUCAGAGGAUGAACUUAGUGCACAAGAACUGAUAGAUUUCUCUCCCAUAUAUAGAAGUUUACAUAUCUCUACAGUAUUAGGAACAAAGUCCACAUUUGAAACUUACUAUAGAGCAGAAAGAACAAAGCAAGCUCGAUUGGUUUUACAACCUCCAACGAAUAUGCACGAAUCAGAGGAGAGUUUUCGUUUUUAUAUCCAUUCAGUUCUGGGCUUCUUCAUUACCGAAGAUCAUGUAUUAAAUACAGGAAGUGGACUUAUCAGUAGGUCUUUUUUGGACGAAAUGUGGAACUCUGCCUUGUCAAAAAUGGUAACUGCUCUGCAGAAUCAUUCAGCCUAUUGCACUGACGCUACACUUAUACUUAGAAUAAAAGAUUUAAUCAUGCUGCUUUGUACAACACUCACAAAUUACGGAUAUACAGUAGAGCCUUUAUUGGACUUCGUUAAAGAGUUACAGGAUCAUUAUACAGAGGUUCUCAUGCAGAGAUGGGUACAAGUAUUCAGAGAAAUAUUAUCUAAGGAAGAUUUUCAGCCAGUGGAGAUACUUGACCAAGAAGAAUUGGAUAACAUUUUGUCAUCCUUUCCUUGGGAUGAAGAUUUACCAUAUAAUAUAGAAUUUCCUUAUACACUCCCAUUCUCCAGUAUGGUACCAAAAGUAUACCAGCAAGUGAAAGAAUUCAUAUAUGCUUGUUUGAAAUUUUCCGAAGACUUGAAUAUGAGUCAACAUGAAGUAGACGAAAUGAUCAAAAGAUCUAUCAACUUACUUCUAACAAGAACAUUUAGUGGCUGUUUAUCAACAACCUUCAGAAAUCCUCGUGUUGGUUUACAAGAGACAAUGCAAAUAAUAAUCGAUACUGGAUAUUUGGAAUCUUCUACAACGUAUUUAGAUCAAUUCAUCUCAAAUAUCACUGGCGAGGAAUCCAAAGCCAUUUCAAGUGGACUAAUGCCAGGAAAAACAAUAAUGUUCCAAGUUGCUAGAGAAGAUGCCAUAACUCAAAUAUGUGAAAAGCUCAAUAAAAAACUGGAUGAAUUUUUAGAGCUAGAAAGUUAUGACUGGUUACUUGUUGAGCCUCAAGGACAUGCCUCCACCCAUAUCUCCGAUUUGAUUGCAUUUCUCAGGACCACUUUUGAAAGUUUCACUAGUUUACCAUUGGAAGUUGCUCAAAUUGCAUGUAAGGCAGCUUGUGAACAUAUUGCCAAAGCAAUGUUCAGUCUAUUGAUGAGUGAGAAGAACAAACAAAUUUCUUUAGGUGCUCUCAACCAGAUUUCUUUAGAUUUGAUUCAGUGCGAAUUGUUUGCUGCAUCGGAACCGGUGAAAGGUUUGCAAGAAGAUGAUUUAGCAUACUUUUCAAAAUUGAGGGAAAUUUUAGAUUUGUUCACUACCUGUGACUGGCCCACCUAUUUUCAUGAUUAUGGUCAAGAGAUAAGCAAAUAUAAACAGGUCAAACCAGAUGAUGCCCUCAUUCUUGUUGAUAAGUUGAAAGAAGGUGAUAAGAAGACAAUGUUUACUGUAUUGAAAAAGAGUGAACGAGACAAAAAGAAGCUUUUGGAAACUGUAUCCAAACAACUGAAACAAUUAUCCCAAAUUCCUCCAGGUAAAUGAUGAAUUAUGAACAAAGUAUAAAAACAGUUUAUUGAUAUAAAUGAUUAUAAAAUUGAUUCUUAAGGUAAACAAGAACACCUAUUAAAAAUAUUUAAAAUAUUAUGUUGUAUUAACAGAUUUUUGUUUAAUAUAAUGUUGAUAACUCCUUAAUGUAAUUUAAAAAAAAUAUAUACAUUCUAUUUGGG